UAUUGAAUGCUUGAAAUGUUUUGGCGCAUUGAAUUACUUCUAUUUAUUGUUGAAAAUCAUUCAGUUUGUUGAUUUAAAUGCAUUUCUUUUAUUUAGUGUAAUUUGCUGCCCACUCAUGAUUUCUUAUCUAUAUUUGACAAAGGAAAUAACUUAUCUCUGUUUUAGUCAGUUAUCAAUUCCUCUACAAAAUAAGUUUAAAACAACGUAAAUGCAUGUUUAGAAAAAAAAGGUUUUUCUUUGUUAUGAAAAGAUCACUUUGAAAAAAUUAUACAAUGGAUGAUAGUGAGCUUCCCAGUUACGAAACUGCAAUAGCAGUUGAACAAAAUGAACAGAAAGCUUGUGGAGAUAAGGCAUCUGAAUUCGAUUCUGAUUCUUUUACCCCAUCAGCUCCUCCACUGCCAAUUGCAGAAGAACCUGAAAAUAUAUUCAGUGAACUGACUGAUGAAGAAAUUAGAGAAGUAUGUUUUAGGUAUGCAGAAAAAAAUUUCGCCAAAAAAGGAGCCACUGCAGUUAAAGAAAUGAAAAUAAAGAACGUAUACCGCACUUGCUCAUUUCAUUACAAGCUAGAAACAUUUACCGAAAAGAGACAAGUUGCGACAGGACAUUCGCAUUAUUACAAACAGAUCAUAGAUGGACCUAAAAAUGGACCAGAGCCUGAUAUUUGGUGUAUAACAGCUGAACCUCCAAGUCACUUCCAGGAUUACAAUGAGCCAAUAAUAAUACCUCAUACAGAACAGGUUAAAACAUGUCAUCAAUGUGAUGGUCGGGGAAAAGAAGACUGUUUGAUUUGUGAAGGAGCUGGAUGGAGUUAUUGCAAAAUAUGCUCUCCUACUACAGAAAACAGGUGUACGUAUUGCAGAUCUGGUCGCGUGAGUUGUGAUCCUUGUAAUAAGACAGGAAGAAUUAAAUGUCGUACUUGCGAAGGAUAUAAGAAACUGAAGCAUUACAAAGAACUAAAAGUCUCUUGGCAAACGCAUAUUGAUCACUUCGUACAGAAUACGACUAAAAUACCAGUUGAUCUAUUACAAAACUCAGCUUGUAAAGAAAUAUUCCGUGAAGAACGACCAACGGUUCCUCCAGUAGAAAAUUUCCCAUUCAUAAUCAAGGAAGCCUCUCUUCAACUUAUUGAAAAGCACAAAAAGAUUUUAUCAAAAGGAGAGGUCAUCCGCCUGCAGAGGCACACUUUACGGGCUGUUCCCAUUACAAGAGUGAACUGUGAAUACAAGGAUGAAGAAUUAGAAUUUUAUGUGUUCGGCUUGGAAAAUAGCGUGUAUUUUAUAAAUAGUUUAUCGAAAUCAUCGAGUUGUUGCAUCAGCUAAA